CUUUUUUUUCCUCGCCACUGAGACCUUCUUCAGCAGUGCCAAAUGGCCCGAGCCCACUUGUACACAUCCUCAUUCUGCUCUUUAUGUCCUCUUCCAAUCCCAGGCAAACUCGCUCGAAAAGGAGCAAAAAGGGGAACAGGCGCCUGCGAAAAUGGAGGUUGAUUCCUUGGGAUCCCAAGGCAAGGUUGCGAGGUGUGGCGAGGCCGACCUGGCGGUGGCAGUGCAAAGCUCGCGCGGAAUUGGUUUGCAGCACUUGAAAAGAGGUUUGCUGCCAGGGGGUUUGUCGUGGAAGGAGGAGGAGAAUGACGAUGAUGACAUGGUGAUAGAAUGAAAGUACUUAUCCAUGUGAGGGGAGAAAGGGCGAGGCUGCUCGUCGUCGUCGUCGACGACUCGUCGCGGUGUGUGUUGAUGUAACGCUGAUGGGGCCUCGUGCAUCGCCGCUUGUCUAACAGGUGGCUGGGUCGCGAACCUCGCGAUCUUGUGUCGCACCCACCCCCGCUCGUCGGCUGCGAUGAGUUAAGCCCAACGCCCUUUACCAGGAGGGCGUACCGUCGGGGGAGAUGGGAAUGGAGGUGCGGGGAAUUAGUAGCAGAGGCAGCUGUGAAGGUCGAGAGAUGUGGGUGGCAUUCCGUGAGUAGGCGGGGAGGUCAAGAAUACCAGCUGCGUUGGAGGUGGGUUCUUGCGCCAGGCGCGCUGGAGCUCUAAGAGAGCAGUAGGUAUGGCGUGGGGGGAUUUGAUGGACACCUUCUGCCGACCGGUGGAAGGGGGCAUAUGGGACACAAAGCUUGCAAGCGGGUUCGGUCCUUACACCCCAUGUCUGCUCGACACUGUCAUCAUCAAUUUCUCCAACUUGACCUUGAUCUUCGUCUGCCUCUUUCGCAUCCGUUCUCUGUUUUCCAAUACUGCACCAAGUAAAUUCAAGCUGAAGUCGUCAGGGGCACAUUACUUCGCCAUCCUCCUUGCUGCCUUCUGUGUUGGGGAGCCUAUUGCGCAGAUAGUCUUGAAGCUUUCUGCUGUGAACGGUGACAACUCGUCAUCACUUCCCCCAUUUGAGAUUACGUCCCUAGUAUGGACAUCCAUCACGUGGACCGUUGUCUUGAUAAUGCUCUGUGCUGAGCUGAGGGUGUACACCAAGGUGUGGAUAUGGUAUGUGCGCUUCACGCUCAUUUACGGGCUGGUGGCGCAUACCACCAUGACGAGCUACAUCUUCACUCUUCGAGACUAUUACGACACACUUGUGAAGCAGUUGGUCUUUAGCCACUAUGGUGUCUUAGCUCUCUUUAGUUUGUUUUACUUGUUCUACUUCCCAAGUCUCGAGCAAGUGGAGUACACGCCUGUUUCCAUCCACGAUGUAACCCUCGCGCCAGAGGAUUACGAACCCCUUGCUGGAGGCAACAAUGUUUGUCCGGAGUUUCAAUCAAAUAUUGUUGCACGCUUGCUCUUCAACUGGAUGACUCCACUAAUGCAGGUUGGUUAUAAACGGCCCAUCAAGGACCCAGAUGUAUGGCAGCUGGAUAAGUCGGAUAAGACUGAGGAGCUUUAUUCUACUUUCCAUAGGUGCUGGGAAGACGAGCGUACCAAACCAAAGCCAUGGCUACUCCGGGCCUUGAACCGUGCUCUCGGCAAAAGGUUUUGGAUCGGGGGAAUCUUCAAAAUUUUGAAUGAUACGUGUCAGUUUGUGGGGCCAAUCUUUUUGUCCCGCCUUCUAGAGUCUAUGCAGAACGGUGAAUCUCCAGAGAAGGGCUACAUUUAUGCAGCCACCAUCUUCUUGGGAGUUAUGGUUGGGGUUAUCUGUGAGGGCCAAUACUUUCAGAAUGUGAUGAGAGUGGGCUUUCGAACUCGCUCAACACUCGUAGCUGCUGUAUUUCGGAAAUCUUUGCGUCUUACUCCAGGCGGGCGCCGCGGCUUCACCACGGGGAAAAUCACCAAUCUUAUGACCACCGACGCAGAGGCUCUCCAACAGAUUUGCCAGCAACUUCAUGGACUGUGGUCUGCUCCCAUAAGGAUCGUGGUUGCGGUUGUGUUGCUUUACCAACAGCUUGGCGUGGCCUCGAUAAUUGGGUCGUGUAUCCUUGUGCUCAUGUUUCCUGCGCAGACAUUUAUAAUUUCCAAGAUGCGAUACCUGUCCCGAGAGGGUUUGCAGCGGACAGAUAAGCGCAUUGGGCUGAUGAAUGAGGUUCUCUCUGCAAUGGACAUUGUGAAAUGUUAUGCAUGGGAGAAUAGCUUCCGAGCUAAGGUGGGUCUCAUCCGGAGUGACGAACUCAGCUGGUUCCGGAAGGCGCAGCUUCUUUCAAGUGUGAACAGCUUUCUUCUCAAUAGUAUCCCGGUUUUAGUCACAGUCCUAGCUUUUGGAAUUUACACUCUGUUUGGGGGCACGUUGACACCCGCCAAGGCCUUCACGUCUCUCUCACUCUUCGCUGUGCUACGUUUUCCUCUCUUCAUGUUUCCCACGCUCAUCACGGCUGCAGUAAAUGCAAAUGUGUCACUCAAGAGGCUGCAGGAUCUGCUCUUGGCAGAUGAGCGUGUCUUGCAAGACAAUCCCCCCCUGGAGCCAAACCUUCCGGCCAUAGUGAUCAAGGAUGGGAACUUCGCUUGGGAUGCUGACGGAGAGCGUCCAACGCUGUCACAUAUCAAUUUGGAGGUUGCACCAGGGAGCCUUGUGGCAAUUGUGGGUUCGACAGGGCAGGGUAAAACGUCGCUGAUAUCAGCUGCUCUUGGGGAGCUUCCGGCGAUGUCUGGUGGCCAUGUUGUGAUCCGUGGCAGUGUUGCCUACGUCCCACAAAUUUCCUGGAUUUUCAACGCUAGUAUUAGGGAUAACAUUCUCUUCGGAGCACCGUUCAAUGCAGAGCGUUACUAUCGCGCUGUGCACGCUUCAGCACUCGACCGAGACCUUGCUUCCUUACCAGGUGGUGACCAAACCGAAAUUGGUGAGCGAGGGGUGAACAUUUCUGGUGGUCAGAGGCAGCGAGUGUCGAUUGCGCGCGCUGUCUAUGCAGACGCAGAUGUGUACAUAAUGGAUGAUCCCCUCAGUGCAUUGGACGCCCACGUCGCGCGACAAGUGUUUGAUACUUGUCUUCGCGAUGAACUUAAGAAGAAGACCCGUGUGUUGGUUACCAAUCAACUUCAUUUCCUCUCCCAUGUUGAUCGCAUUAUCCUCGUACAUGAGGGCAAAAUCAUGGAGCAAGGGACAUAUGAAGAGCUCAUGGCCAAUGGGCCCCUCUUCAAGCAGCUCAUGGAGAACGCCGGCAGUAUGGAGGAUGUCCAGUCUGACGAAGAAGAGGCUCCGUUCAUAUUUGAAGGCCCUGAAUCAAACGACUCUCGCAAGGUAGAGAAGAAUCCCUCUCUGAGGAAACGCUCUAGUAGCCUGAAGAAGCACGAGAAAGAGAAGAAAGCCAAGGCUCUUCUCAUCAAGCAAGAGGAACGUGAAACGGGGAUCGUCAGCGUGAAGGUGCUCGAACGCUAUAAAAAUGCCUUGGGUGGCUUUAAAGUAGUGGGUGUUCUGUUUUUCUUCUAUGUUGCUGCGGAAGUGGUGCGUCUCUCCACUAGCACGUGGCUGAGUGUCUGGACAGAUGAGACGGAGCCAAAACCCAAGGGACCGCUGUUCUACAAUGGCAUCUACGCGGCUCUCUCUUUUGGGCAAGUAUGUGUUACGCUGUCAAAUUCUUUCUGGCUUGUGCUGUCGAGUCUCGCAGCGGCACAGAGAAUGCACGAUGGCAUGUUGGGCGCGAUGCUGAGGGCGCCCAUGGGAUUCUUCCAUGCGAAUCCAAUCGGGCGGAUAAUUAACCGCUUUGCAAAAGAUGUAUCUGACAUUGAUCGCAAUGUAGCCCUGUAUACUAACAUGUUUUUGACAACAGUGUUUCAGCUGUUAUCCACUUUUGCACUGAUUGGCUUUGUCAGCACCAUCUCCCUUUGGGCCAUUCUUCCUCUUCUGCUAGCUUUUUACGCUGCAUAUCUAUACUUUCAAUCCACAGCAAGGGAGGUCAAGAGGUUAGAUUCCAUUACGAGGUCGCCUGUUUACGCUCAGUUUGGGGAGGCUCUUAAUGGUCUGGCAACUAUCCGAGCGUACAAAGCCUAUGAUCGCAUGGCGGGAGUUAAUGGAAACACUAUGGACACGAAUGUCAGAUUCACGCUUGUGAACAUGAGCUCCAACCGAUGGCUUGCUAUUCGGCUGGAUUUUCUCGGCGGGCUCAUGAUUUGGCUCACCGGUACGCUUGCUGUGUUCGGAAAUUCCCGGUCAAAUAACCAAGCAGCAUUUGCACCUCAAAUGGGUCUCUUGCUUUCUUAUGCCCUGAACAUCACCUCCCUCAUGACUUCUACGCUCCGACUUGCUUCCAUGGCUGAAAAUUCCUUUAAUGCUGUUGAGAGGGUGGGGAAUUACACCGAGCUUGAGUCUGAGGCUCCCCUUGAGAUUGAAGAUCACCGCCCCCCGCCUGGAUGGCCUCUUGCUGGGGCUAUCUCAUUUAAGAACGUUUCCAUGCGUUACCGCCCUGACUUGCCUCCAGUUCUGCACAGCCUCACCGUCGACAUUCGUUCUCAAGAAAAGGUGGGAGUUGUCGGUCGGACUGGAGCUGGCAAAAGUUCAAUGUUCAACACUCUCUUCCGAAUUGUUGAACCUGAGUCUGGUGUGAUUACGAUCGAUGGGGUUAAUAUCCUUCAAUUGGGUUUGGCUGAUCUUCGAAAAAGGUUAGGAAUCAUUCCUCAGACGCCCGUUUUGUUCUCAGGCACUAUCCGGUUCAAUUUGGACCCGUUUAAUGAACACAAUGAUGCGGAUUUAUGGGAGUCGUUAGAAAGGGCCCACUUGAAGGACGCUAUUCGUCGCAACUCCCAGGGACUGGACGCUGAGGUUGCCGAGGGGGGUGAAAACUUCAGCGUUGGACAGCGGCAGCUUCUGAGCUUGGCCCGUGCCCUCCUUCGUCGAUCAAAAAUUUUGGUGCUGGAUGAGGCAACGGCAGCUGUUGAUGUCGGCACAGAUGCCUUGAUUCAAAAAACCAUCAGGGAAGAGUUCAAGGCGUGCACAAUGCUCAUCAUCGCGCAUCGCAUCAAUACCAUCAUCGACUCUGAUAGGAUUUUGGUCAUGGAUGCGGGUCGCUUGGUUGAAAUUGAUACUCCUGAGGGUCUUCUUUCCAAAGACGACUCCAUGUUUUCUAGCAUGGUCCGGAGCACAGGAGCUGCCAACGCUCGUUACCUGCAGAGCAUCGUCAAGGGCGAGGUGGACAUCAAGGCCGAUCUGGAGCAGAAAGCUGAGAAUGUACGCCGCCGGGGGGCAGCAUCUUCCAGGUGGGCUACUGCUGCCCAAUGGGCGCUCGCCAUGUCCCUCACAGCCUCCCAGCAAGAUCUCACUCAAAUCUGUGAGGGUGAAGGUGAAACCACCAUCCUUGAGCGAACGCGCGAUGCAGCGCAGACUCUCUACCAGGUACUCUCCGGCCAACACGAUAGCGCCAUCUCGGAAUCUCUGCUGCAACGGGAGGUCAGUGAGGAUCGCUGGUGGCUUGCUCUUGUGCGUGUUGUGGAAGGACUGGGUGUGAUGAGCAGGCAAGUGAGGAAUCGUCUCUACCAUACCAGUGAACCAGCCCCUCUGGACUGGACUCACCUUGGCUUGACUGGAUCCCCCACAUGAACAUUUCACAUUGGAGUCAGAUCUACUCUUGUUUAAUUAUCUUUCUUCCUUAUUCUCACAGAAAGACUCGGCCUGUGUGAGACACCUGGUAUCUGAGUCAUCUGUGUUUGCGGAGCUUAGUUUUCCCUGUUGGAUUGUGAUACUGUCCAAGCGGGGACUUGGAUGAUGCGGUGAUUUAUCGUCUUUGAGGUCAUUUCCGAGGAUUGGCUUUGAGUGCAUUGACGCUCUAAAACCCCGAUAAUGGCGAAAUUCACUGCUGUAGAGCAUAGAGCAUUAGGAAGAUAAUCGUUUUGUAUUACAGUGCCUUAGUGAACUGGUUAUGUCACACAUUCUUGUGGUGGUAUGGGUGCGCCAUGCUUAUAGCUCUAUCAAGUCUUUUCGAACAUUUGUAAUUAUCACAGCUGUGAAGCGAUUUGAACAUAGGUGGAGACUUAUCACUCCUCCAUUACUUUCUGGAAAAGCUCGAAGAGAAUUAAAAUGUGAUUCCAAGGCUGUGAAUUGUAACUUUUAUA